GAGCUGAUAAAAGAGGAGUGGAGACUGACUAGACAGACUAGUGUUGACACGGCUGCAGUAGGACACCUCACCACCAUCACUUAUCACAAUGGCCCUUCCCCUGUUCACCCUCCUGCUGACUGCCCUUCCUGUGGUCCACUGCCUCCCCACUACCUUCCAGGACCUGGAGCAAAGCAGUAAGAACCAAACGUCCAUCCGGUUCCUGGCUCUUGGGGACUGGGGCGGGGUGCCCUACCCUCCCUACAUCACACCGGUGGAGAAGGCUACAGCCUGGGAGAUGGGCAAGAUAGCAGAGCAGAUGGGCGCAGACUUUGUUCUUGCCCUGGGUGAUAACUUCUACUACUCUGGAGUGAACAGUGCAGAUUCCCCAAGAUUCCAGGAUACCUUUGAGCACGUGUACACGGCUGACUCUCUCAACAUUCCCUGGUACAUCCUGGCUGGAAACCACGACCGCGGCAACGUCAAGGCUCAGAUCGACUACAGCCGCAAGUCUGACAGAUGGCGGUUCCCUCACUACUACUACGAGCUGAACUUCCAUAUCCCCAACACCAAGCGCACGCUGAGCAUCAUGAUGCUGGAUACAGUGAUGCUGUGUGGUAACUCUGACGACUACGAUGAUGAGAAGCCUCGCGGACCCUCCAGCACCAUUGAGGCCAACCGACAGCUGACCUGGCUGCAAAAGAGGAUGGCCCAGUCCAAGGCUGACUUCCUGCUUGUGGCUGGUCACUACCUGUGGUCAGUGUCUGAGCACGGCCCCACAGAGUGCCUCCUGAAGAGACUACGCCCCCUUCUGGUCAAGCACAAGGCCACUGCAUACUUCUGUGGUCACGAUCACAACCUGCAGUACCUGAAGGAGUCUGGUGUGGGCUAUGUUGUGAGCGGCGGUAACUUCCUGGACCCAGACACGCGUCACUGGCAUCAUGUCCCCAAAGACACCCUCAAGUUUUUUACAGGCCAGGCCUCUACCCUGGGAGGCUUUGUCCACGGAGAGGUAACCAAGCACAAGAUGACCCUCACCUUCAUCCAGGCUAAAGGGACGUCUCUGUACCGCACUGUCUUGCCACGCAGGGACAUCGACGAUGACCAAAAUGACAGCGGCGAGGAGGAUUAG